UAAGGGGGACGAGUCCGACCCUCCCGUGGGUAGUGCCUAACAGAAGUGUUCAACGUGACAGUGUUUAUUUCCACGGAGCUGUCAGGAACACAUCUCGCCCCUCUGCCUGAGUGAACGGUGCGCACUUUGUUUCUGUUAAAACUCCGCUUUUGAACACUUUGGAGAUACUGACGCUGAUGGGAAAUGGCAAUGGUCUCUCCAUCAACGUCAACAGCAGGACCAGCAAUGGCAUCUGACUCAGAGCUCUCAUGCCCGGGGGGCAUCGAGGCCUUGAAAUUGAAGGUGGGGCCGGUGCGGAGGAACCUGUUCGGGCCCGUGGACCACCAGCAGCUGCAGCAGGACUUCGAGCGGCUGCUCCGGAUGAGUGUGGAGGUGGCCAACAAGCGCUGGAACUUCGAUUUCAACAGGGAGAGGCCGGGAGAGGGCUCCAACAUCGAGUGGGAGGAGCUCAGGUGCCAGGAUGUGCCGGUGUUUUACCGCAGCUGUACGGUUAGACCGGUGGCGCUGCCACAGGGCGACAGGAGGACAUCAUCUUCGUCAGGCGAGGGAUCCCCAGGGUCCAGCAGCUCGUCUGGGUCUGGGGAUGAGUACCUGGAGGUGACCACAAGGGGGUGCUACCGGCUCAAAUGGCAAACAAAGCGGAGACAAUCUGCCAUUACAGACUUCUUCAUGGUGAAGAAGAGGAAGCUGCAGCAUUACAAAGCAUCUUCUCGGCAGUAGAAAAGCACAACAAGACCCUACGGAGGAUCAUUUAGUGCUCAACAUCCCUCUCACCUCACAUAGAUAUGUGUCAUAUCAUAUGUAUAUAUGUAGCAAUUUGUAAUGGACUGUCCAUAAGCUCAUACAGCAUGGGCUUAAAAACUCUUUUGACACCACAUACCUUUAAUUGUCAGCACAAGGAAGCUAACAUUUUCCUACUUAAUCAAGCUCAGACCCCACAAAUGGUUUUAGUUUAUAAUUACAGAUAUUAUAUAUAUAUUCUAUAUACUGUUUCCUUAGCUUUUGACUAUACUGUGAAAUGAUUUUGAAUGCACUCUUAACUACAGAAAACAGGCUCUAGUUUUAAGAGCUUAAUUAUCUUCUGAACGGGCCUCGAAUAGUAUUUGACCUCAGUCCUCGACCUUUUUUCCCCCUUUUGCUAAAAGUCGUAAGAGUUUUUGAUUAGAUGAGUUACUAUUCCUGGCCUUGACACACUCUGCCUUUAGUCUCACCCCACGGCUCCCAAAGCACGAGUCGAGCCAGGGGUCAAACCCUCACCCGGGGCUCAAAAUUUGGCAGCGCGACUGUGAUUAGCUCCAGGUUAAAAGGUCAACGGUGGAGGUUCAGCAAUGAGGUAAUGCAGCCGCACGUGUACGUACGAUAGUGACCUAAAUUCUGAGUAUUAAUAAUAAUGUUUCAUAUGUGACUAUUUAUUUAUUGUUCACGAUGCUAGGUCGUCGUCAAAAUAAAAUAAAAUAAAAUAAAAACAGACAUGCAAUGUGUAGAACGAGGUAAGAUGAGGUGUUUGUGGAAACCUGUGCCAUUGCCCCCAAAUUAUGCGUUUGACUAGAAGUCAUUAUGGCUCAUACUCUCCACCGUUGCCGCUAGAAAAUACCGGCCAUAAAUAUUUUACACCAUCAGAACAUAGCAAAAAAUAUACCAACUACAGUAUAUUCCCUUUUUGCUUUGUAUUAUUUGCAUAAUGGGGUUGUAAAAAUCUAUAUUUCUUUUGGCAACAGACCAGAACAUACCUUAUUUAGUCGUAUGUUUUUGUUAACUUUAUGCUUGUAACAAUGUAGCAUUUUCCACUCUGUGUCUUCAUGCGAUUCCCACCUUGUAGGUUUUAAAGACGCCUCUUUUCUCCAUGAAGGGAAUGUUGUGUUUAAUCACUGUGUCGCAGCUCAGAGGGGUCAAAACUUUUGGUUCCGCUUUUGAUAUAUAUUUUUUUUUAUAUGAAGAGACGAGCUGCUUCGCAUUUUCUGUCGCCGCGCUAUCCUCUACGCGUUAGCAUUGUGUACAUAUGCAUAUAAGUGUUUGUGUAUGAAUGUGUUGGUUCGGUGUUUAUCGUGAGGUUAUUCGGGAGAUAAAGUUGUGGCAGCUGAGGCAGUUGAACCAAAGAAAUUGCUGUGCCAUUAAAUAAGGAACACAUCAUUUAUACAAGUCGCUCACUGUUUAUCAGCAAUGGCUCACAAAAGGCCUCAGGCAUGACCAGAUCUUCAAAUACAUAGUGUAAACACACCAUGAAUGCUCAACUAACAGUUCUGGCGACUCAGAGAGGACGCGUCGACUUGUUUUUCCCGACCUACAGUCAUUCGAAUUUGUACGUGGAUAAAAAGCCAUAACUUGGAUUAAUCCACUCUCACUACCUCAGCAAGUGAUUCAGUAAAACAAACCAGUUAAAUACACGCAAGAUGUAAAAAACUAAACCAGUGUAGCUCAGGUUGUUUGCGUCUACAGGCGAAUGAGAGAUGGAGAGACGAGGGGGGGCGGGGGCUUAUAAUUCUGUUGUGGUAAAAGCUGUUGAGGUUCAGCGCUCGUGUAGAGUUUCACAUCAGGUAAAAGAGUCAGUGUGUCAGAGCGGGGGCCCAGCUCCACGCAGGGGAAACUCCACUCCCUCGAGGGAGGGGGGCUUUCGUUGUCCUGUCUCUCUCUGCUUCACUUUGCUUUGACAGCUCUCCCAGAGAUAGACAGAGCAGAGGAAUAGCAGUGGGGGGAAGGACGUGGAGAGGGACUUACUUUAAUAGUAAAUGAGAAAACGUCUCAGGCCCCUUCUGAAUCAAAGGAUUUCUGUGGCCAGAGAAGUGGUCUGCGAUUCAGACACCCCCCUUUGUCCGCCCUCCCUUUAAAAGUCUCUCAGUCUCUUUCAUGAACCAGCCGCCUCAGUCUCUGUGAAAAAUCAGCAUGAAAGCAGUUGUCUAUAAUCAUGCUAUUCUUUCAUGGCUCAACAAGGCCGUAUUUCACAGACAGAAAACUAGCAAACAUGGCUAUUUUAAGUUGUUUUGAGUUUGUGAGGAUUACUUGUUUUGUUUGUCAACUUAUCUAUGUUUGUGUGUGUGUGUGUGAGAGAGAGAGAGACAGAAAGUGUUUGUGUGCAUCUUCUCAGUGCAUUUAAGAGGAAACUUUCAAAGUCUAUUAACUUAUUUUGAGUUUGUAUCAUUUGAAAAGUAGGGAAAUAAUUCUAAAUUCCCUAUUUUUUGCUAUGACUAAUUGUGUUAUUUCUGAAACUAUUAUCUUUGCACUACUUAAAACAUAGUUGACAAGAGAGCUAUUUUUUUACGGUAAUCGUUAAAAGAAAAACAGUACAAAUAUUCAGAGAAACUGAGGCACAGACAGGAAUUUCUUGACAUUAAGAAUUAUUAUUAAAUACAUGUUUUUCAAUCAGAAUUGUCUCACUGUUAGACAGUUUCUCACAUUUGUUUAUUGUAGCUUUAUUAGUCUUCCUCAUGUCUGUCAGGAGGAAGUAAAACUAAAAUGAUAAAUGUCAAGAUUGAUCUGUUGGUGUCUCAGUGUGCUCAAGCAAACUUUGCUUUCCUAAUUCACCUGUCGCAGCUAUAUCAAAGUGUAGCGUUUUUUUUUGUUUGUAUAUGCAUGAAUGUAUGAUAAUCUUUGUACACCAUUUGUAAUAAUUUUAGUGUAAUUUAAUACUGGUUUAUGUAUCCUUGCAACAUGUAAGAAGUAUUUGUAUGGGAUCAGAAUCAUAUCCUUUUUGAUAUCUGUGUAGAAAAUAUAUUGCUGGGUUGUUGGUGCACUGUUGCCUUUCAUAUUGUUGAUUUCAUAGCGUGCUCAAAAUAAUAAAAUGUUAAUGAAUGAAACUGA